UAAGUGCAUCACGCGACAUUUCAGCGUUUGAGAGGUCAAUCGCUUCUCUUACGUGCUUUCGAAGGACAUUGCUUGUGGACACCACACGAAGAUGGAUUUUGACUAUGACGACGGGGACGGGCUGCCUGACGAGGAGUACUAUUUCGAUGAUGACGAAGUUGUCACAGCUCCCGAUGUCUCACUCAGCGAUCUCUACAACGAUUGCCUAGCGCCCAGUCUGCGUGAUGGACUUCGCGCGGCAGUUAUUUUACUGCCCGCCUGCCUGCUCCUUAGGACAAUCGUCAGCACCAGACUUCUACCGGUUGGCAGUGUGUGGGUGCAUGCGUUGUCCGCACUCCUUGGCGUAUGCUGCCUGUAUGGUCUGGUCGGGCACCUGGCAGCUUAUGUGGUUGGCCUGUCACUACUGGGAACGGCCGUGCUGACGUCAUUGCCUCGACACCAUGGCCUCUCGUGUGCCUCUCUGGUGGCUGUCUUUGUCAUUGCCUGUGAGCUGUGGCUUGUUGAGCCCAAGUCCUGGCACCAGGUCCGAGGCUGUCAGCUGGUUCUGUGCAUGAAGCUGGUGUCCCUAGCCAUUGACAUGGACCGUGGCCGACUCGCAACACCCACUCCCUCUGCCAUGUUUGGCUACCUGCUGCACGUGGGUUCGGCCCCGUUCGGGCCAUGGAUUGGGUACGAGGCAUAUGCCAGGAGCCUCGAGCCUGAACUCCUUGCUGGUCUCGGAUUCUGGUCGUGGCUCCGUGCCCUGGGCCAGAGCCUGGUGUUGUGUUACGCCUGUUUGACUGUGUCAAACUGCUGGUCCACAUGGCUCCUCUCCAACACGCUAGGCCUGAGGUGGCUGGCGGCAUAUCGCGAUGCGCUCUCGUUUCGCUUCAGCCACUACUUUGUCACCUUCCUGUCCGAGGCCAGCGCAGUUGCGUCGGGCGUCAGCAACGAGGGAACUUGGGCAUUGCAGCUGUGUUCCCCUCUGGAAGUGGAACUCCCCCGGUCGCUGGUGCAAGUGGUAGUGCAUUGGAAUCGUGCUAUGCAUAAUUGGCUCAAGCACUACGUAUUUCAGGUCACCCGGCCGCACUUGGGGAACCUCGGAUCCCUGCUGUUGACAUAUGCAACUAGUGCCUUGCUUCAUGGCCUCAACUUCCAGUUGGCUGCAGUCUUGCUGUCACUGGCACUUUACAGCUACGCCGAGUAUGUGCUCAGGCAGAAGCUUAGCCAAGUGUACGACGCGUGCAUUGGAGCCCGGCCCUGUCGUCCUGACUGCGACAAGCACAAACUGCAGGCUAACCACUGGGGUGUUCGGAGCGCUAAUCUCGCGCUGGGCUUUUUAGCGGCUUUUCACCUGGCCUACUUGGGACUCAUGUUCGACAGUGAACCUCAGCAAGAGCAGGGCUACAGUAUGCAGCACACCCUUGGCAAAUGGUCAGAGCUGCAGUUUGCCAGUCAUUGGGUGGCACUGGCCACUUUUGGUGUCCAUCUCCUCAUCUGAACAGCACCAUUGGGCCACAACCGCAUCACAAAUGACGUGCCACACCAUCAACACAACCUCACUGAACGAGCCGGUGUCUCCUGCUCGUUGUUUGCAAGUGGACGUGCAAGAUGUCCAGUGCAAAUGUAUAGCAAUAAAUUCAAUGUGUAUUGAAUCUA